AUGCAAGUUGACCAGAGCCGAGUUAAACUGCGGUCUACCGAUGACGAUGACAACGAAGAGACGGACUACAUCAAUGCUAACUACAUACCGGGUUACACGUCUCCACGCGAGUACAUCGCCACCCAGGGCCCCAUGACCGGAACUGUGGCGGACUUCUGGAGGAUGGUGUGGGAACAGGAUGUCAACAUCAUCAUCAUGCUGUCAGACCUGCUGGAGAAGGGCAAGCCCAAGGUUGAUAAGUACUGGCCGGAUAAUCUGAAGGAACCGGUGCAAUAUGGGGACAUUAUCGUGGAGAUGAUCAACUAUUCUCCACUCAGCAAAUACGUCAUCAAAAUCUUCCAGAUAACCUUGGGGGAGGAAAGUCGGAAGGUCCGCCAUUAUUUCCUCCCUGGAUGGCAGGACUUUGGUGCUAAUCUUACCCCCGAUGACGUCAUCAGCUUUGUCAGAGAUGUUCGGAUGCAGACAAAGCCCACAGACAAAGGUCCAAUAUGCGUUCACUGCAGCGCUGGCGUCGGGCGGACUGGGACGUACGUCUCUCUGGACGUCUUCAAGCAGGCGAUAGACGAGGAGAACUUUGACAAAGAGCUGGACGUGUUUGACUUCGUGAUGAAGAUGAGGGAAAACAGGUCCUACAUGGUCCAGACAGAGAAACAGUACAUAUUUAUCCACGACACCAUCAAGGAAAUUAUCAUCAGGAAGAAGAGGGAGAUGGAGGAGAGAGAACAAAACAACAUCUACCAGAACACCGGAGAACAGAUGAAACCAGAGGAGAAUAUCUAUGCGAACCAAGCCUAUGAACCUGAUCCCGAAGAGCUGUACAUGAACGUCAAUCCUGGACAACCUACCACCGUGCUGUAG